UUGUGCCCUUCCUUGAAGGCGGUGUCUGCUAGUUAGCUGCCGGCGGUGAAGCUUGUUGUUGUUGUUUUUUGUUUGUGGGAAAGUAUAAAAAUAUUCUUCUAAGAUGGGAACUCGAGAUGACGAAUACGACUACCUGUUCAAAGUUGUGCUAAUCGGUGACUCUGGAGUCGGGAAGAGUAACCUGCUGUCCCGCUUCACGAGAAAUGAGUUCAACCUGGAGAGUAAGAGCACCAUCGGGGUGGAGUUUGCCACCCGCAGCAUCCAGGUGGACGGCAAGACGAUAAAAGCUCAAAUCUGGGACACAGCUGGGCAGGAGCGCUACAGAGCCAUCACCUCAGCGUAUUAUCGGGGUGCAGUUGGGGCUCUCCUAGUUUACGACAUCGCCAAGCACCUGACAUACGAGAACGUGGAGCGCUGGCUGAAGGAGCUGAGGGACCACGCUGACAACAACAUCGUCAUCAUGCUGGUGGGAAACAAGAGCGACCUCCGUCACCUCAGAGCCGUGCCCACUGACGAGGCUCGGGCAUUUUCAGAGAAGAACACUCUCUCGUUUAUUGAAACUUCUGCCUUGGACUCCACUAAUGUAGAAGAAGCAUUCAAGAGCAUUCUCACAGAAAUCUACCGUAUUGUAUCUCAGAAGCAAAUAUCGGACAGGUCCGGACACGAUGAUUCUCCAGGAAACAACGUAGUGGACAUAAGCGUCCCUCCGACCAUGGACGGGCAGAGAGGCAACAAACUCCCUUGCUGCCAAAGCCUGUGACCUCCUUCUUUGCUUUUCCUGUUUGAUUUUCUAUCAACUUUCCUGUCUGUACCUCUGCUUUCCUUCAGAUGUCAUGCUGCUGGUUCAGACGUCUCUGACACCAAGACUCUUAUAUUUGACAUUCCUUUUUGCUGGUUUCUUUCUUUGUCUUACUCUUAUUUCAGAAAAACCUUUCUACAAUACUUUACGGCCGUAAUAAUAGCCUGGAGGCGGAGUGUAAAGCUAUUAGGAGGUCGAUCCUGCGGCUGUAGUGAACUACAAUUUAUUUUUAAUCCACUAGAUGAUGAUCCUUUUGACCCACUCCUGUUGAAGGAAUGGUGAGGGAUCAGCAGGUCUGCGUAUCAGCGCUCCGAGUUGUUUCUACUUGCCUCCUUUUCUCAGCCUCCACACAGAUUAAAAACACGAUCUUCCAAUGUGGAGUCGCAGUUUCAUGUCUGUUUUAUCCGAUCUCUUGCAAUAAGUGUAUAGAAGAGGAGAUGAGCAGAAGGUACAUUUGGAGCACUGAUGUGUUGUCUUUUUGGAGUUUCUGGUUGCCUCUUUAGUUUGAGUUUUGUUCUUUGAGCCCUUUUUGCCCACAGUGGCAUGAAAUUAGCACGAGCCGGGGACCAGACUGGCCGUGACUGACUGACUUAAUAUGGGCAAGUGUGAAACAAACAGCAAGUUUUUAUUUGUGUGCGAAUGUGUGUGUAUGUAUGUGUGUGUGUGUGUGUGUGUUAAAUCUUAGUGUGCAAAGAUACCAAAGGAAAACAAUGCAAUCAAAAAUCUGGGGUUUUCUCAUUCAGGCAUGUUCAGGGCUGCUUGUAAGUUUGCAGAUAAAUGCUGUCAUUGAUAAAUAAGUCCAGGCUAUUUGCAAGAAAUGUGUAGUGCUCCAUAGCAGAGGUGGUAUUCUACAUCGUGUUUAUUGUUUGUGAAAUCAGAGUGUCUGCCUUUUUUGUUCCUCUCUUGGGUUAGCUCAGGUCAAACUAUCUUCAAAAUGAAAAUCCUGUUUGCACUAAUGUCCAGUAGUUUCAAUGGAACAAAUCACUUGUUUUUUUUACACAGCUCAACAUCUAACAUUUCCCUGGUGGUUGUGAGGGAAACAAUGUUGAUAGAAAGGAAAAAUGCACAAAAUGUGGUGCUUUUUUUCCCCUCCUAAACAACAUUUUCCUUUGCUGCCAUUUGAAUGUGGUAUCCAUCAAAGGGGAAUGGAUACAGAUGUGUGUAAUCUGAGAACAUUUUAGAUGGAAAACCAAUUGAAAACGCUCCUUCACUCCAGCCACUUUAACGGUUGUUAGCUGAGAAAACGGAACCGAAAAUCAGAAAUGCAAAUUGUUCUUAUGGUUGGAUGAACUGCUUUUAUGUCUGAUUUAUUCCAACACAUCAUGACAUUUCUUUUAAGAACCACAUGUAAAGUGAGUAAACACAUUUGUUUUGCUACCUUUGCAUUACACAGAACAUUUUGAAGCAUAAAUAAACCUCAUUCACAUGAAGACAGGG